AUGGCCAAAUUGACAUUAUUAGGUCUAAAAGUUUUUCUUCUGUUUGUUAUCGCAUGUGUUCUGGCAUUUUCGUCUAGACAAUCGCGUGCUGGCCGGUGCAUUUUACAGGAUUUUCAAGUUACUUGGGCGGAAUCUCACAUCAGGCAACUUGAUGCAGGAAGAGCCAUUCAACUUGUUCUAGAUCAAAACUCAGGAUGCGGAUUUGCUUCAAAGUACAAGUAUUUGUUCGGACGUGUUAGCAUGAAAAUCAAGCUCGUUCCUGGCGAUUCUGCAGGAACAGUUACGGCCUUUUAUAUGAACUCAGACACAGACUCGGUACGAGACGAGCUAGACUUUGAAUUCUUGGGUAACCGGACUGGACAGCCUUACACAGUUCAAACUAAUGUCUAUGCUCACGGGAAAGGAGACAGGGAAGAAAGGAUCAACCUUUGGUUUGAUCCUUCUGCAGAAUUCCAUACUUACUCAAUCAUGUGGAACCAUCGUCAAGUUGUCUUCUAUGUGGAUGAAGUACCAAUUAGGGUUUACAAGAACAAUGAAGCCAAAGGUAUUCCAUACCCAAAGUUCCAGCCCAUGGGAGUGUUUUCCACCUUAUGGGAAGCAGAUGAUUGGGCAACAAGGGGUGGCCUUGAGAAAAUAGAUUGGAGCAAGGCCCCAUUCUAUGCAUAUUACAAGGAUUUCGACAUCGAAGGUUGCCCUGUGCCAGGCCCACAAAAUUGUGCCUCAAAUGCUAACAAUUGGUGGGAAGGGUCUGCAUAUCAAGCACUGAGUCCGGUCGAGGCCCAGAGAUACCAUUGGGUUCGUAUGAACCACAUGAUCUACAAUUACUGCACCGACAAGUCCCGGUACCCGGUUACCCCGCCCGAGUGUGUUGCAGGGAUCUAA